GCGUGCGGCGGCUGAUUUCAUCUUCGCCUCUUUCAUCUCCUGAUUCGCUCCUGACCUAGGGUUUCGUCCGAUUUCAAUCCCUAAUCCUCCACAUCCGCAUAUACAGACACGCAAUCGAGAUAUAUGCAGCCUCCUAAUUGAGUUCGAUUGUCCUCUGUUCAUUCUUUGAUUCAAUCUGAUUAUAGAUUUCCGGAUUAGGGCAUCAAUUAUGAAUAUCUGUGUGAAAUCUCGGGUUACAUCAUCGUUCAAUGUGAUGCUUGUCAAUAAUCUCCGCGUUUUUGGCCCUGGUUUGAAUCCCUUUGCCCCGUACUGCGUGGCCAAUCAUUCCUCUCGCUAAAUUUCCUGUCUUUCGAUCUUUCUGCAAAGAUAAUAUAAUCUGAUCUUUGUCUUACGUCAAACGCUUUACACACUCACACAGUCGAAUUUCUUGUCUUUUUAGUUUUAAGAUCGCUGAGUUGUGAAAAAAUUGGUUGCGUUAGUGUUUUGGAACUAUCGGAACUUUUGGGAAUUGAAUCAUAGUUUGUGGGAUUAUUGCAUACCUUUUAUUCACAAAAGAUAGAUACUUAGAAAUCCCACAAUGCCAGAGUUUGAGGUUGAAUCUGUUAGGAGGAAACGGAAGAUGCCUAAGUUGGGAGUGGAUAGGGAUGAUCGAGGCUGGACCUUGCUACACAUCUAUGCUAAGAAAGGCGACCUCAGAGAGGUGAGACGGCUCCUUAAUGAAGGAGUUGAUGUUAAUGUUGCUGCUUGGGGCCCAAAAUCGCAUGGUGUGACCCCUCUCCAUCUUGCUGCUAAAGGGGGCCAUCUUAAGGUGAUGGAUGAGUUGUUGGAGCGGGGCGCUAAUAUUGAUGCUCGAACUAAGGGUGCUUGUGGCUGGACCCCUCUUCACAAUGCAGCCAAAGAGAGAAAGAAGCGAGCAAUUAGAUUCCUGGUUGAAAAUGGGGCAUUUUUGCCUGAUGAUAUCAACGAUACAAGGUUCAAUCCGCCUACUCACUAUUGUCCUGGACUUGAAUGGGCUUAUGAAGAACUAAGGCGCUUACAACAGGACAGCUCUUCAUCUGGCGAGACAUCAUGUAGCUCUGAUAGCUGAGAUGUACCCGCUGGGCAUUGCUUCUACCAAACAUAACCUGAAGCUAGAAGUGGAUUCUUGGUGACUGCCUUGAAUUUAUCACUUAUCCGAAGCCCUAGUCUUUCUGCUUAUUGUUGUUCUUGAGACUACUCUGUGUUUGCUUCUCAUGUAUGAUAUAUGCUUGUGUGACGAGUGACUAGCCUUGAUGUGCAAUAGAAGUGGUUAUAUACCAAACUUCUUGGACAUUAUUUCGAAGAUGCUUAUAAUAUCAAGUUUCUGAA